AUAGUACUUUUGCAUUGCUUGCUGCACAGUCUAGAUGCAUAUCAGAUACACAGACACACACAAGCUCUCUUGUGGGGCAAGACUAAGAAACUCAAGUGUUUCUUGCACUCAGAAACACCAUAACAUCAUCAUUCAAUGAUUUAGGCAGGUUAGGCAGAACGAGAGCUGAGAAACACAGAAGCCUGGGGCAGCCUUGGGGCUGAGGGCAGGAAGAGGAGGAGGAAAAGGAGGAGGAGGAAGGCUGCUGCUUGCCUGCCCUCCUCUCAGCCUGCAAAGCAGCGGUCCACCGGAGCCCAUAUGCCCAGAAGCAAGGCAUGGACCCUAUGCACAUGGCUCAGCUGCCCUGGGCUGCUGGGCUGUUUCUUGCUGGGGUUUCUUGCGGGAUGGUUCACAAAACCAACAGAAAAAAGCCCCAACUCUUCAGAUGCCCAUCAAAACAUGAGAAAGAAGCUUGUGGCUGAAAUGAAAGUAGAAAACAUCAAGCAAUUCCUUCGCUCCUUUACCAAGCUGCCUCACCUCGCAGGAACCGAACAGAAUCUUCUUCUUGCCAAACAAAUUCAAGGCCAGUGGAAAGAAUUUGGCCUGGAUUCAGCAGAACUCGUUCAUUAUGAUGUGCUUCUUUCAUACCCAAAUGAAAGCCAGCCAAACUACAUCUCAGUAAUUGAUGAUCAAGGGAAUGAGGUUUUCAAUACAUCAUUGUUUGAACCACCUCCACAUGGGUAUGAAAAUGUUACUGAUAUACUACCACCAUAUAAUGCUUUUUCAGCACAAGGAAUGCCAGAGGCAGAUCUGGUUUAUGUGAAUUAUGGUCGUACUGAAGACUUUUUUAAGCUGGAGCGUGAAAUGGGAAUUAACUGUACAGGAAAGAUUGUCAUUGCCAGAUACGGGAAGAUCUUCAGAGGGAACAAAGUUAAAAAUGCCAUAUUAGCAGGAGCCCAAGGGGUCAUACUUUAUUCAGACCCUGCUGACUACUGUGCCCCAGGAGUAGAGGCUUAUCCAGAUGGCUGGAACCUUCCAGGUGGAGGAGCCCAGCGUGGGAAUGUGUUAAACCUGAAUGGAGCUGGGGACCCUUUAACACCAGGUUAUCCUGCAAAAGAGUACGCUUUCAGGUCUGAAGUUAAUGAAGGUGUAGGGAUCCCCAAAAUCCCAGUUCAUCCCAUUGGGUAUCACGAUGCAGAAGUAUUAUUACGUGCAAUGGGAGGACCUGCAGCUCCCGACAGCAGCUGGAAAGGAAGUCUCAAUGUGCCUUAUAACAUAGGUCCAGGAUUUGCAGGCAACUCCUCUACACGAAAAGUCAGGAUGCACGUUCAUACAAACAAUAAAAUAACACGGAUUUACAAUGUCAUUGGCAUCCUCAGAGGAGCUGUGGAGCCAGACAGAUAUAUUAUUUUAGGAGGUCAUAGAGACGCUUGGGUAUUUGGUGGUAUUGAUCCAACCACGGGUGCAGCUGUUCUGCAAGAGAUUGUACGGAGCUUUGGUAAAAUGAAGAUGGAAGGUUGGCGACCUAAGCGAACCAUUAUUUUUGCAAGCUGGGAUGCAGAAGAAUUUGGAUUAUUGGGAUCCACAGAAUGGGCUGAGGAAAAUGUCAGAGUCCUCCAAGAACGAGCAGUCGCUUACAUCAACUCGGAUUCCUCUAUAGAAGGUAACUACACACUAAGAGUUGACUGCACCCCUCUUCUCUACAAACUGGUGUAUGAUCUGACAAAAGAGAUUUUAAGCCCUGAUGAGGGUUAUGAAAAUAAGUCUCUUUAUGAGAGCUGGCUUGAGAAAGACCCUGCAAGUGAGAAUAAUAGCUAUCCCAGAAUAAACAAACUGGGAUCAGGCAGUGAUUUCGAAGCUUACUUUCAGCGACUGGGAAUUGCAGCAGGCAGAGUCCGUUAUACCAAGAACAGGAAAGCAGACAAAUUCAGCAAUUACCCUGUUUAUCACACAGUGUACGAGACCUUCGAGUUAGUGGAAAAGUUUUAUGACCCCACCUUCAAGAAACACCUAACAAUUGCCCAGCUACGAGGCAAACUGGUUUAUGAACUGGCAGAUUCCCAGGUCAUUCCAUUUGACUGCAGAGAUUAUGGAGAAGCCUUAAGAGAGUAUAGCAAUAGAAUUUAUAAAUUGGCCAAGAAACAUGAAGAACAGCUGAAGCUUUACAAAGUGUCAUUUGAUCCUCUUUUUUCUGCUGUGGUCAACUUCUCAAAGGCUGCUGAUGAAUUUCACAGGAGACUUGAACAAGUUGACAAGAAAGAUCCAGUCACAGUGCGAAUCAUGAACGAUCAGCUGAUGUUUAUAGAAAGAGCUUUCAUCGAUCCUCUUGGAUUACCAGGAAGGAAGUUUUACAGACCUUCUGCUUCCACCUGUCCUUUUAUACACAGCAAGAUGUCCUGUGUAUUUGGCAUGUCAUCUUUGCUCCAAGCAGCCACAACAAGUACGCUGGAGAGUCCUUCCCAGGGAUCUAUGAUGCCCUGUUUGAUAUUGAAAGCAAAGCGGAUCAGCGUGAAGCCUGGGAAGAAGUUAAGAGGCAGAUUUCCAUUGCAGCCUUCACUGUGCAGGCAGCAGCAGGGACACUGAAAGAAGUAGCAUAGGAUGAUGGCUUCGAUAAGCUCAAACAGCCAAGUCACAAGUGCAGCUUAUUGAGCCUGCUGCAGUGACCCAGUCUCUUCUGACUGCCUGCUGUACUGGAGUUCCCAACCUUCGGAAUGUGUGAGAGUGUACUGGUGGGGUGAGCAGGAGCUUUGCAUAUCAAGGAACUCCCGAGUUAGAAGAUUCUGCUUCCCUGAUACUGACAAUGCUCUUGCUUUAAGAACAGUCCUAGGUGGAGGCAAAUUUGGGGGUAGGGGAAGGAAGAAUUAGUUCCCAAUUAGAGUUUCCUGAAAGAUCUGCCAAUUUUGAGGACCCUUUAGUUUAGAUGUACAAUUAGGAACCCCAUUAUUUGCCAAGCUGCCUGUAAAUCUUGCCCAUAGCAGUGAUCAACAGCACACAUAUAGAAUUCUACGAUUCUUUAUCAAGAUUAAAAAAUACAACACUGCUCUGCACCUG